AUGAUUGAAGUUAUCGAUUUUGAACCAGAUCACAUUGAGUGCCAGGAGCACGAAAGAUUCAUAUACCUUUAUGACUCAACAUACCAUCACAGCAGAGGCAUUGCUUGCAUAGUAGCAUCACCGAAGAGACAUAGGGCAAAGAACAAGCUGAUAGUGCUAGUACAUGGAAGCUUAUCACAUAAGAAUGCAAUCUACCAGCCUCUACUGGCACAUUGUUUGGCUGAAUUGGGUUACCAUUCUUUGAGAUUAGACUUUCGAGGUCUCGGGGACUCUGAGGAUGUUCGUGAUCCCAAACUUGGAAGAACUAUAGAAGAAGAUAUUCACGAUAUUAAAACUGUGUAUAAGGCCACCCAAGAGGCCCAGAUUUGUGCAAAUCUGUUCGAAACUGAGUCAAUCACAUUUCAUGCAAUUGUUGGCCAUUCAAGGGGAGUACUGGCUAUGUUCGAUUUUGCCCUAUCGAUAGCACCAUCUAUUAUACCGAUUCUUGUCAAUUGUUCCGGAAGAUUUGAUGGCCAGGGAUUGUUGAAACGUUGUUCUGAGAAUAAUCCAAACUGGAUCGAGAAAGGAGGCUUUUAUGCAACAACACUACGCCAAGGAAAACUUCAGAAGAUAUGGAUUCCAAAAGAGGAGUCUUUUUCUGUGAUAAGAACUAAUACUUUGAAUUAUAGAAACUUAAGUCACGAUACAACUGUGAUAUCCAUAUAUGGUACCAAUGAUGAAGUCGUCCCUCCGAUGGAAGCAUCACUGGAUUACUCUUCAGUGUUCAAAGACCAUCAUCAACUGAUAUACAUCGAUGGCGCUGGCCACAACUUCUACGGCAAACUUGGGGAACAGAACACAAGGGGUCUACCUUUGAGAAGAGGUAUGAUUAAUUAUAACCAUGAAUUGGUGGAAUACUUGCAAGAUAUAUUCACCAAAUCAGUAUAA